AUGAGGCGUUUUACGCGCGAGUGAACUCGCGCGUUUCAAUUUAUAUUGCGUCCAGAUAUCACGUGUUACGCGCGUUCCUACGCUGGGAGGCAUUCAGUUAUAAACAUGGACUCGGACACAGCGGUUGUGUUGUGGCUUGCAUACUGUCGAUGGAAACGUCGUAAACGAAGAGAAAGUCGACGAUUUAACGUGCAUCCAAUUCUACGUGACAGAAUGACGCAUAGUAUGUUCAUAACAUUAUAUCCAAAGCUCAGAGAACACAGCGAAAAAUUUUUCAACUACUUUCGAAUGUCAAUAACAUCUUUUGAUGAUUUACUGGAAAUUAUUCAAGAAGAUUUAACUCCAUGUCAAAAUUAUGUGGUACGGGAUACUGUUUCUGCAGAAGAAAAACUCGUGAUUACUUUAAGAUAUUUGGCCACAGGAUGUUAUUUUGCGGACCUGCAUUAUGCCUACAGACUAGGAAAGUCUACAGUUAUCGGAAUAGUACAGAAAACCUGUUACGUUAUGUGGCAAAAACUACAAAAUAUAGUAAUGAGAGAACCCACGAAGGCUGAAUGGGAAGAGAUUUCAAAACAGUUUCAAAAAUAUGCAAAUUUCCCAAAUUGCAUCGGUGCCAUCGACGGCAAGCAUAUCCGUAUUAUAAAACCCAACGAUUCUGGGUCUCUUUUUUAUAACUAUAAAAAUUAUUUUUCGACUGUUUUACUGGCUGUAUGCGAUGCAAAUUAUUGUUUUAUUUCAGUAGACAUCGGCGCAUAUGGAAAAAGUAACGACUCCUCAAUUUUUAAAGACUCAGUUUUGUAUAAAAAACUUGUCGAGAAAACUUUAGAUAUUCCAGAUCCAAAGCCAAUAUCGCAAACAGAUUCAACUCCCUUACCCCAUGUGAUAGUAGGAGAUGAAGCGUUCAGUCUGUCUGAAAACAUUAUGCGCCCUUAUUGCGGUAAAUCUCUAACAAUCAAGAUAAAAAUAUUCAACUACCGCUUAUCCAGAGCCCGGCGUUACAUUGAAUGUUGCUUUGGUAUCUUGGUAAAUAAAUGGAGAGUUUUUCAUAGACCGUUGAAUGUAGACUUAGAGUUUGCAGAAAACAUAAUUAAAGCUUGUUGUGUUCUUCAUAAUUACGUUAGGUUAAGGGAUGGUUAUAGGUAUGACCACACUCUGUACGAAACAUCUUUGAAUAGUUUGAACACUGAGGUAGUAAGGCCUAAUGCAAGAUCGCGAAAUACAAGAGACAAAUUCGCGGAUUAUUUUGUUAACGAAGGCAAACUCCCUUCGCAAGAUAAAAUGCUAUAG